AUGGCCAAAAGAAAUGAAUCACAAAUUCGUUCAUCAUCAUCUAGAGAAAGUCCGAAUGAAAAUAAUUUAGAUAAUCAAGAACAUAAUGAUAAUAAUGGGGUGUAUCCUUUUCCACAUGAUGACAAUGAAAUAGAUCGAUUACAUUCGCAACAUUAUUAUCUUCGGAUGAUUUGGCAGAAUAACUUUUCAGUUCCAAUCAAACAACAAUUGAUAGAAGGUGGAAUGAAAGUUCUUGACAUUGGAACGGGAAGUGGAAUAUGGAUCCUUGAAAUGGCUUCAGAAUAUCCACUCACAACAUUCAAAGGAAUCGAUGUUCAUCAGUUAUUUCCAACAGAUUGUUCACCAAAAAAUUCAGAAUUCAUUCAAUGUGAUGUAUUAGAGGGUAUACCUUUUGAAGAUGAAACUUUUGAUUUUGUUCAUGUUAGGGAUUUAGUACCGGCAUUCACGCAAGAUCAGUGGGAGAAUGUACUUUUACGCGAAGCUUUGAGAGUUUGUAAAAUUGGAGGUUGGAUUCAAUUUAUGGAAUGGGAUCCUAUUUUUAUAAACGAAGGUCCAAAUAUAAAAAAAUUUAGUGAUUCCAUAAUAGAAUUUUCAAAAUCCAAGCAAGGUAAUCUAAUGAUACCUGAAAAAAUAGACGACCAUUUACUAUCUACCAAGAAAUUUUCUUCGGUUAUACACGAACAUAAAUAUUGUCCAACAGGUAGUUGGGGCGGUACUUUGGGUAAAAUGGGACUAAAUGAUUUUAUGCAAGCUACAGAAGCGAUCAAGUCGAAUUUUAGCAAUUUUCUAAACAUGUCAUUACAAGAAUAUGAACAAUUCGUUCAAGAUUGCGUACAAGAUUUUGAAGAAACGAGAACUUAUACAAAAACGCAUCGUUAUUAUGGACAGAAAAUAUCAAAUUAA